AUUACUCCCCUCCCCCCUUCUCUAUUUCUGCAAGUUGAGACGAAAUCCCGUAAGCUUUGGGUUUUUGCGGGAUAAUGACGUCACGAAUUUGAAAUUCAUCAUGGCGGACGUAUGCACUAGGUUUGAUAAUGUCACUACCUUUUAAGCUCGACCUCUUGGGAAAGAAAUCAAAAACUUGUGUGUUAGAUAAUUUCAUUGAAAAUAACCCUACUCUCUAGGGCCCUCUUGCCCAUUCUUUUAUCUAUUGACUUUUCAAAUCCUUUUCCAAAAUGACGACUUUGGAUAACUUCCUUCCCAAUGUCACCACCCAGGACACUCGGAAGAGGAUUCAGGCCCACCAGGACCUCAUCCCCUACCUGAGUGACCCCCACAGCUCCCUCAACUGUCCUGAGAUGGAUGAGUUCAUUGGGGGGCUUGUUGGAUGGGUCAACUGCUCAAACUACAAGAUUUCUUUGAAUGGCCUAGAAGUAUUGUGCCUGAUGGUUGAUCGUAUGGGAGAAGAUUUUAAAAUCCAUGUGUCCUCUGUUAUACCUGCUGUGGUAGAUCGAUUAGGUGACGCAAAAGACCAGGUGCGAGAAAUGGCUCAGCAGUUGCUGUUAAAAUUGAUGAUGCCAGCAACUUCUCCUCAGUUUGUUUUUGACAGAAUCCAGAGUGCUUUCUCACACAAACUCUGGAGAGUCCGAGAUGAAGUGUUAAUUUGUCUACAGAACACAAUAAACACGUACGGUGCCAGAAGUCUUCAGCUGUCUAAAAUAGUGCCCUCCAUCUGUAAACUCCUAGAUGAUCAAAAUAGUCAGGUGAGAGAGACAGCUAUAAUGACCCUGGCAGAAGUGUACAGGCAUGUGGGUGAAAGAGUGCGGCAGGAUCUAGCUAAAAAAGGAAUACCCCCACAGAGACUUAAUCAAAUCUAUGCAAAGUUUGAUGAAGUAAAAAAUUCUGGUGGUAUGCUAGCUACGGCAGAUUUUGCUCCCAGUCACAGCAGUCACAGAUCUGAAGAUGACACAGACUUCGCCAAACCGUUGUCCACCAAGGUGCCCCAGGCCAAGCGGGCGUCUUCUUCAGCCUCUUCCACAUCGGGGACCAGGAGAAGCAUGCUCCCCGCCUCAAAGUCCGGCACAGCCUCCACUACCCUGAAGAGACGACGCUCGAUCGCGGGCCCUCAUACAUCAGGCCAGUCUGGUGGUGUAGAUGAAGAAUUUUUCACCAAAUCCUUUGAAGAUGUUCCAAAAGUCCAGAUUUAUUCAUCGAGAGAUGUACAAGACCAGCUCGCCAAAGCUCAAUCCAUAUUAAGUGAUCUUAACACAAACUGGGAGAAACGCCGUGAAGCAUUGAGAAACAUUCGAGCUGUGGUCGUAGCUGGUGGUAUGGAGUACGACGAUUUCCCACAAAGCAUCAGGUCCCUGGACGUGUGCCUGAUAAACGCCGUCAAAGACCUGAGGUCUCAGAUCGUCCGCGAGGCCUGUAUAACUCUAGCAUAUUUGUCUCAGCAGAUGGGUUCGAGGUUUGAACAUCUGGCUGAGGUCCUUCUUCCACACUUAAUUAACCUCAUCCCUAACAGUGCCAAGGUCAUGGCCUCCUCCGGAAUCACCUGUAUACAGUUCAUCAUUCAGUAUACCCAGUCAUCUCGCCUUAUACCCAUUAUCACCAGUAACUUAUCCUCCAAGUCCAAUAUCAUUCGAAGGCAAUGUUUUGAGUUUUUACACAUAGCCCUACAGAACUGGAGUACCCAUUCUUUAGAGAAACACAUAGCACUUCUCCAGGACUCCAUCAAGAGAGGAAUCUCCGAUGCCGAUUCGGAGGCCAGGCUGCAUGCACGCAGGUCCUACUGGGGAUUUGCCGAUCACUUCAAGGAACAGGCAGCCAUGUUAAUGAACUCUCUAGAGCCCAGAGAACAAAAACUUUUACAUGAUCAGUGUAGUGGUUCAUCUAGUAACUCUGUAAAUAGUGAUUACGCAGGAAAGCCCCGCCCCCGAUCUGCCAGUCAGGACCGGAGUACAGGGUUCGAUUCUAGUACAUUAGGUCGUAUAGGAAAGAAGAAACAUUCUCAAUUCAGCUCAGCUCGCAGUGAUACAGGCGCAGAAAUUAGAUCUCAUUCUCUUAAAUUUUCAAAAGACUUGGAUGUUGAUGGUGCUGCACGUCACCAUGGUGCAGAUUUAGACAAAACUUUAAGUAGGUCAGUUAAAGACCGCAUUAUCCGCUCUAGUAGUGCCGUCGAUCUGGCAAAUGGGACGAGCCCCUCCUAUUCCAGUUACUCCGCCCAGAAACGGCGGUCGCCGCAAAUGGCGGCCGUUGCUCGAAUGACGCCAGGAGCCACAUACUCAUUGCCACGACAUCGCAGUAGCUCAACUCAUCAAAAUCUUGGCACCUUGGACCGUAAUAGUCGACCUCGCAACAAAAAUGGUAGCUCCCUCUCUCAGCCCAAUAGUAGGUCAAACUCACCAACUUCAAGAAUUAGUUAUUUAACGCACAGCCAGAAAGAUCCCAUGACCCCAAGGUCACAGAGAAGGUCAGGGGUCACACGAAGUCAAGGGGCCAGCAGAGAGGGUAGUCCAAAUCGCCUUCAUAUGCAGCCAGGGAGGGAAAGAAGACCCAGCGGAGGGAAGACCCUGCCCCAUUCUGCUUCCAAGAAGAGAGCAGGGGUGAUGGCCCAGCGCACCCUCCGGAUAGGUUCUGAUGUAGAGGAUGCCUUGUCAGACGCACUGUCAAGAGGACCCAGUAGGCGGCGCUGUGAGUAUGACUCGGAUGAUGCAGCCAGUGAAACAUCCAGUGUCUGCUCAGAGAGGUCAUACAGGUCAAUAGGUCAAACGUCAGAGGAUACGACAGAAAUAAUUGCCCUGCUAGGUAGUGGUUCCCAUGGUGAUCGUAAAGAGGGACUUAUAGCAUUACAAAAUCUCCUUAGGAGUGGACGGUUUUUAAGUCGUGUAGAAUUGCAGAAAGUAUGUGAAGUUUUUAAUAGAAUGUUUCAUGAUCCGCAGAGCAAAGUUUUAAGUUUAUUUUUAGAUACAUUAGUUGAAUUAGUUCAAGUUCACAGCCAAGACUUGACCAAUCAAAUGUUUCCAUUUUUAACUCGAUUACUGAACAAAUCUGGUACGGACAUGUUGGGCUCAGUCCAGAACCGAGUACAGAGGGCGCUGGAUGCCAUCAGAGAGAACUUUCCUGCAGAACAACAGUUUAAUGCUCUGUCAAAGUAUAUCAUAGAUCAGACCCAAUCAGCAAGUCUUAAGGUGAAGGCUUCCCUAUUGAACUACAUGCAUAAUCUAGUGUUAAUGAUGAACGACACAGACUUUGUUAAUUCCGCCGACACUCGCCUGGUUCUAUCACGUAUCAUCAACUUUACCACGGAACCCAAAAGUGUGGAAGUCAGGAAGGCUGCUCAGUUAGUGCUGAUAGACUUGUUUAAUCUGAAUGCCCCAGAGCUGUCCAUGAUGUUGACAAAUCUUCCUAAGCCAUUCCAGGAUAGUGCCACUAAGAUCUUACAGACACACGUCAGGAGUGCUAGCCGAGACAGCCGCGAUAGCGAAGUACUGUCCCCCAAAAAUGUCACCCCCCAACAGAACAGGAGUCGCCCACCAUCUAGGGGCCACCAUGAUGAAACAGAGACGGAGAACAUGAACCCAGAAGACAUUUAUAACUCCAUCAAGCAGACGACAGCCGACAUUCAGAACCUGAGCUUUCACAGUAAGCUGGAGAAUUACGAUCCCGUGAAAAAGAAACGGGAGUUCACGUCCCAGGACAGUGGGAUACAGGAUUUACGGAACGACAGUCCCGACGCCGUGGACACCAGGAAAGGGAACUACAACCCCUCACAAUACUCUGACGAGGCAAUGAAUGGCUACAAUAGGUCACGCCUUGCCGAUGCUGAAUUAGAUGACAGUGAAUUGUUUAACGAAGAUCCCUGGAAAGCCAUUUUAGGAAUCUCAUGCACUGAGCAUGAUGAGUCCACAGAGAGUGAUGUCAUCACAGGAAUUUUAACAGAGUUAUCAAAUCACAAUAAAAGGAAUAAUGAACGAAAGGACGCCAUGCUGUCCUUGAUAAAAAUGACGAGGGAGGGGACAUUCAAUUUCUGGGAUGAACACUUCAAAACCAUUCUGUUUGUUUUACUGGAAACCUUAGGGGACUCCAAUGGCCAUAUUAGGGCAUUAGCAUUACGGGUACUUAGAGAAAUUCUUAAAAAUCAACCUAGUCGAUUCAAAGAUUACACGGAGCUAACAAUUCUCCGGAUCUUAGAGGCUCACAAGGAUUCAGAGCGAGAAGUGGUGCGGUCCGCAGAGGAAUGCGCUGACACACUGGCUAAUUACCUACCCCCGGAAACCUGUGUCCGCAUACUGAAUCCAAUCAUUGAUACUGCAAACUACCCAGUCAACUUAGCAGCCAUUAAAAUGCAAAACAAGGUUCUAGAGCUAUUACCCAAAGACACAUUAGAAGCACAAAUGGGAGAAAUCAUUCCUGGAUUAUUAAGGGGAUAUGAUGACCAGCAGAGUACUGUAAGGAAGUCUGCAACAAUUACAGUUAAAUUAAAUAUCAGGAAUCAUCUCACCAAGCUCAACUAUAGUAAAGUAAAACUCUUAAAUUUAUACAUCAAGCGAGCUCAACAAUCUGGUAGCGGUACUUCAGCAUCUUCCUUAGAUACAUGAGACACGCCCCCUAGCAACCUAAUAUGCCAUAAAAAUGGAGACUAUUACCAUUCCACCAUGGGGAGACAGAAGCUUUUUUUUGAUUGGUCAAUUCCAUGUGAGCUGAAGAAAACUUGUGUCUAAAAGUGAGAAUGUGACAGAACACCUUAUUAAAGAAAUCAGCGAUGACUGUAAGCCGAAUUAGGGGUCAAGGGUCAAGGACUCUGAACAGGCAAAGGUUAUUGACAUAUCUUGUGUUGUCCAAGUCACUCAGGAGUUGGCUUAGCUUUUUACGCUAUUUAUUGUCUUUGGCUUGAGAUCAGAAGUCGAU